CGCAUCCGGAGCAGCGCGUUCAUAUCCCCGGACAGAGAGCCAGUGUCCUGCCGAUGACAACCCAUCUCUGACGGGUGUGUUUACAGAGGGUGAACAGGUGCGCUGCUGCUGGCCCGGUCCACGAUGGCCCAGAACCAGGUGAUCCUGCAAUUCCGCUUCGCCACAUUUGGGGACUCCAUGCUGCAGAAAAUGAACCUCCUACGACACCAGAGACGCUUCUGCGAUGUCACUGUGCGCAUCAACCAGCUGGAGGUCCCCGGUCACAAGGUAGUGUUUGCUGCCGGCUCGUCGUUCUUGAGGGACCAGUUCAUCCUUCAGCAGGACUCCAGGGAGGUCCAGAUCUCAAUGAUCCAGGAGGCGGAGGUGGGCCGGCAGCUGCUGCUGUCCUGCUACACGGGUCAGCUGGAGUUUCCUGAGCUGGAGCUGGUGCACUACCUCACCGUGGCCAGCUUCCUCCAAAUGGGCCACAUUGUGGAGCAGUGCACUCAAGCUCUCAGCAAGUUUAUCAAACCUGCACACAAGCUGGAGGUGGAUGUGGGUACGAGGAGGGAAAAAGAAGAGGGGUCAUCCUCCCAGACCAAGAGAGAGCAAGAGUGCUCUCAGGUUCGAACUGUCCAUCAGGAGGAGGACGAGGAGGAGGAGGUGCAGGUUGGGGGUGACAACAAUGAUGAUGAUGUGAUCAUACAGCCUAUGUCCCCUCUUCAGAUCUUAGGCAAACGUCCAAAGCAAGGCGUGGUGGAGAGUGAUAUCACUAUAGUAAAGGUGGAGUCUGUGUCUGACGGAGCAGAAAGCUCCAUCACUGGUCACUUCCCUACCAGCCCACGUCCUUCCCUCCACUCUCCUGAGCCCCAGCACUCCCUCAUCAACUCCACUGUGGACAGUCGUGGCAGUGACACGGCGGUUCCACCUGGCGUGGCCAGAUACCCGCUCAGUCCUCCGCCUCCAUCCCCUCCUGCAGAGAAACACAGUGUGCACCAGAGGAGCUACGACAAACCUCUGCAGUGGUACCACCAGUGCCCCAAGUGCACCCGGGUCUUCCGCCAGCUGGAGAACUACGCAAACCACCUCAAGAUGCACAAGCUGUUCAUGUGCCUGCUCUGCGGCAAGACCUUCACGCAGAAGGGCAACCUGCACCGACACAUGCGCGUCCACGCCGGCAUCAAACCCUUCCAGUGUAAAAUCUGUGGGAAGACCUUCACUCAAAAGUGUUCUUUGCUGGAUCACCUAAACCUGCACAGUGGGGACAAGCCACACCGCUGCAACUACUGCGACAUGGUCUUCGCUCACAAGCCUGUUCUCCGCAAGCACCUAAAACAGAUCCACGGGAAGAACAGCUUCGACAACGCGAAUGAACGCAACCUGCACGACGGAGGGCUUGACUUUGAUUUUGGGCAAAUCUGAAAUAUUUGGACUUUUUUCAGUAGAAUGUCAUGUAAAUGCAGACUCCCCCUCAGACAGCUGGAGCGUAGCGCCCGUUAUUCUUUGUGUGAGAGCACAGACCCGAGUUGGGAAGUCGCUCCUCCCACUUCGGUAUGUUCAUGAGCUCACACACGUGGAAGAUGUGCUGUAUUUUAUUGCUCAAAGCGUGUAAACAACCUGUAAUAUCUGUUUCUGUUUAUCUGUUGCUAUUCAGACUCGAGGGGGCGUCACCGGAAUUUCUCCAGUCGGGAACUAAUUCUUCUGAUUAUUCAGAAAUCACAUGAAUGCAACACAAAUGUCCUAUCUUGUAAUGUUUGUGAAACAUAAUGCGUGUAUCCGCCCCGUGAUUCGGGUCUGCUCCAAAAUGUACUGGGUUCUUCUUCGGUCCAUGAUCCACUCUUUCACUAAGUUUCAUGAACAUCGGGGCUGUAGCGUUUCUGUAAUCAGACGGAGCUGAAGGUAGGCGGGUUGGCGGGUUGGCGGAGGUAAAGUGUCAUCCUGGUGCGUUUAACUGGUGAAUACAAACAUGAAAGAAGAAGUUCUCCUGGUCUACAUUUCACUGGAGUUUCAUUACUGUCGACUGCUUUUUAAUUUUCUACAAUACAUUGUAGAUGCCUUCGUAUCGUACUUGAACAUUGUGCACUGAAACACAACAUAUUGACUACUUCAUUAGUUUUAUUGAUGAAUAAACAUGUCUUUGUGUCCAUGUUGUCCAGUGGAUAAAAUAUCCAUAUGUAUAUUGUGUAUACAGUCUACUGUAGCCUUUCUGUCUUACGUGUGUGAAUAUGACGACAUAACUAAACGAAACUUGAAAGAGGGUGGGCAGAAAAAAGGUUUUAUUGAAGGCAAGCUACGCCGGUGACAAAUGGGACGCCAAAGUAUCGAUGGGAACUGAAAUGGUUCUUUUUAUACAGACUUUAUAUGAGAUGCUAUUGGACCAGAGUGACAUUGUUUCUGUCCUGUGUUCAUGGUUCAAUGUGUGUUAUAAAUAAAAACUGACACUUCUCUCCACCA